AUGUCGGAAGCAUCCCUCAGCAGCUUCAACGAUGACUCGGACCCAGACAAUACAAGCUCGUCCGAAGUUUGGCAAGAUGCACCUCAAACCAACCCACAAGAUGAGCAGCCAUCACCCCGAGUUCGAUUUCGAUCACAUGCGGGUUUCAUGCAGGAGGCCCGGCAUGAUCCGCCGGCACAAGGUCUCCGGGAAGAAUGGGAUCAUGCUCAUAGCCAAGCGCUGCCCCAUCGACCAACAAUGCCAUAUUCCCACGAGACUGAGGAUAUUACCGAUACGCCGCUGCGAGAUCGCGAGCCACACCCGGGUGAAAGAGAUGGCGAGUCAGGCGUCGAAAGGAUAGACCAGAACAAGCCACGGGAAGAUGAGAAGAAGGGAGAAGAGAAGAAACAACCUGAGACUCCCGAACAGCGAUCCACACGAGAGAAAUGGCGAGCUGUGACGAGGAAUUUCAGGCAGAAAGCAUCGGAAUUCGGUGACCGUUUGGGUCGCCCACAGGCCGAAGGAGACGACUUAACAUCCGGAAGAUAUCACGCAGACUGGGCGACUGGCGGUGCACCUGCCCUCUCUGAUAUGACAGAUGACAAGCAUAAAAGUGUGGAGGAGAAGCAGCGGCAGCAGAAAGGGCACAGCUCCGAGGCUCAUCGUCUGGUGCGAGAUUUGACCCAAGAUCAGUCCCAAAAACGCCGCAAAGGCCGUGGGAAGCCUUAUCCUCACGCUGAAACCGAGUUUAAAGAUGAAGAGAAUGAGAUCGGACCAGAUUCGAGCUUGAGAUAUCGCUCUGGCGGCGGCGGGGUCCUGUCGCACUUGAUCAAAUUGCAAGGUGGUCAGCAACAAGGUGCUGGAGGCCAGUCUCGAACAUCAACUGACUCGUCCCGUAGCGCAGAAUCCGCCCCCAGCGGGGCCCCAACACCAACACCCAAGAAGGGAAAACCACUGAAAUGGUACAAAAAGCCCCAAAAUACUUCGACCUCGACCUUGAUUGGUGGGGGCGCGGAUAGUUUCAGUGGUGCAAGCACCCCUGUUUCAAGGGAUAUCCUGUCACAAGCCUCGAAGCGCCGCGACAAGGAGGGUGGUGGUGGUGGAGGUCGCAAUGUGCGGCUUGAGGAUGAAAUUCGAGUGACAGUGCACAUUGCAGAGAUUAUCUGUCGGCAGCGGUAUAUCAUGCAGCUCUGCAGAGCAUUGAUGUUAUUCGGUGCUCCCACACAUAGACUUGAAGAAUACAUGCAGAUGACCGCAAAGGUGCUGGAGGUUGACAGCCAGUUCCUGUAUCUGCCAGGCUGCAUGGUCAUGUCAUUCGAUGACCCUUCUACCCGCACGACAGAGGUGAAGCUGGUUCGCGUAGCCCAGGGAAUUGAUUUGGCUCGCCUAUCAGAUACGCACCUCAUCUACAAGAAUGUGAUCCAUGAUGUAAUCGGCAUCGAAGAAGCAAUUCAAGAGCUCGAUUCAGUCAUCACGAAAAAGCCUCAGUAUCACAAGCUCAUCAUUAUCUUGGUGUACGGGUUGGCUACUGCAACUGUGGGACCUUUCGCUUUCAGUGCCAGGCCGAUUGACAUGCCGAUCAUUUUUCUCAAUGGUAUACUUGUCGCAUUAAUGCAACAUGUCGCCGCGCCUCGUUCGGUGUUGUAUUCAAAUGUCUUUGAAGUGACAUCGACAAUAGUAACGUCCUUCGUCGCCCGUGCCUUCGGCAGCAUCGCCCUUGGAGUUGUGGAUGGCAAGCCACAGUAUCUAUUUUGCUUUUCUGCCAUCGCACAAUCAUCGAUUGCAUUAAUAUUGCCAGGGUUCCUUGUUCUUUGUAGCAGCUUGGAACUUCAGUCCCAUCAGAUCAUCGCUGGCUCCAUUCGGAUGGUUUACGCUCUCCUCUUUUCGCUGUUCAUUGGAUAUGGAAUUACAGUUGGCACAACUAUAUACGGACUAAUAGACAACAAUGCGGUAUCCGACACCACCUGCCCAGAGAAGGGGGCCUUUAAGAAUCCAUAUGUUCAACGGUUCCCAUUCGUUGCGAUCCAGACAGUUUGGCUUUUGAUCAUCAACCAAGGAAAAUGGAAACAGCUCCCACCCAUGAGCGUCAUCGCAUUGACGGGCUACAUUAGCAACUACUUCAGCACGAAGAAACUGGGAUCAAACUCCCAAGUCGCGAACACCGUCGGCGCGUUUGUCAUCGGCAUCAUGGGAAACAUGUACAGUCGGUUGUGGCAUGGCCACGCUGCGACGGCUAUUCUGCCUGGCAUUUUCAUUCUGGUUCCAUCUGGACUUGCUGCGACGGGGUCUUUAAUUUCGGGCGUACAGUCCGCGGAUGAAGCUCGUAAAAACGUCGGGUCUCAUGGUGGCGCUAGUUCAGCACCCGGCGCUGGCUUGCAGUCUGGUAAUUCUGUAUUCAGUUUAGGGUUUGGUAUGAUCCAGGUGGCUAUUGGCAUUACGAUUGGUUUGUUCACUUCUGCACUGGUGGUUUAUCCGUACGGCAAGGCCCGCAGCGGACUGUUUAGUUUCUAG